GCGAGGCAGCCUCUGUUGCUGUUUUUUCUGGGUUCACUUUUCCUGGCAGUGACCUCUGUCUCUGUUGGCCUUGCCUUCUGGGAAAACCAGAAUCCUCAAAGCCACCUUUGUGUCAAAAGAUGUUCAUCAACGACAUGGAACUUGAACGUGAUCCACUGGAGCAAGGACAUGGUCAAGGAAUUAAGGAACGAGAAGAAGAACUGCGCGAACGUGCGGAGGAAAGGAAGCGGCGAGAUGAACGACGUCGUCGAGAACGAGAAGAGGAACAACGUCGACGUGAGGAAGAAAGAAAGCAGAGAGAAGAAAGAACGUCAUCGAGAACGAGAGGGAGAACGAGAGGAAGAACAGGAAGGACAAGGUUCUCAGAAUCAGGAUCCUUAUCACUUCCGAUCUCAUAGCUUUCAAACCCGCUUCCACAAUGAACGUGGUCGCGUCCGAGUCUUCCCAAGGUUCGACCGGAGAUCGCACCACCUCCGCUGGCUCCGAAACUAUCGAUAUGUCGAGUUUGAAUUACAACCACAUUCUCUCUUUCUCCCCCACCAUCGCGAUGCUGAAGCUCUCAUUGUCUAUAUUACAGGAAGGGCCAUUGCUAGUAUUGCGAACCAGACUAACAGAGAGACCUUCCACCUGGAGGAAGGUGACUUGGUUAGGUUUCUGGCGGGGUCUCUGAUUUAUACUGCUAAUGUUGAAGGUAACCAGAGGUUCAGAGCUGCCAACCUUGUCUUUCCCAUCAACAGUCCUGGGCAAUACGAGGGUCUUGCUGGUUUACUUCUGCACAAUUUAUAUCCCUCUGGCAAUCAAAACCCUCAGGCAUACUACAAUGCCCUCAGCGAGAAAACUCUUGAG